AUGUCCUCCUCGGAGCCUGGCAGACUGACACAGGUGAGGGAAGCCGACUGCCAGGCCUUCGUCCGCCGCACAGCCCAGGGCAACACAGGGCUGCUGACCAACCUGCCCGACCAGAAGGCCACCCUGCGGCACAGGGCCCUGGCCUGCCUGGGAGGGCCCCGCCCGAGCCUCAGCACCUCCGACCUGCUGCUCCUCGGGGUCCUGGUGUGUGACACAGAUGCAUCCAGCAUCAUGGCUGCAGACCCCCAUGUGCUGCAGAACCUGCGGCGCUGUCCCCAGCUGAUGGCCGCCCUCAACAGGCUGCUGGCCAGCGGCAGGACCAGGCUCGGGCCCUCUGGCUCCUGGAACCUGGAGGGGCUGCAGGCUCUGGGACCCCUAGCCACCUACAUCAGCCCCAGCCUGUGGAUGCAGCUGCAGGAGUGGCCACGGGCAGGGCAGCUCAGCCAGUGUGAUGCCAGGCGCUUUGGCACUGGCUUCCUCGAGGCCAAGGCCAAGUUGGUACCCUCACGGCCCAAGCGGGACACAGGGAGACCCUGCAUCCCUGGCAACAUCACUGCAGCCACGCUGCACAAUGACCUCUUCCUGGUACGCUACGACUGCGUGCAGCUCGAGUCCUGCCUGGGCAGCCGUGUGCUCAGGGCCAACCUGGACCCCCUGCUGCAGCACCCACUGCCCACCCAGUGCCAGAAAGUCGUCAAGGCCAAGCUGGUCUACCCAGGCAGCGUCCCCGAGGAGCAGCUGCAGCUCAUCCCCUCGCUGGCCUACCUCUACUCCCAUGUGGAGACUGGCCAGUGGCACAUCACGUCCAAGGACACGGUCGUGGCCCUGCUGGCCCCAGACGGGGCCCUGGAGAACCAGACAGAGGUCAUCCUGCAGAAGUUCCUGGACCACAACGGCACCAUCACCAGUGCCCUGCUUGUGGCCAACAGGGGCUCCCGCCUCUGUUGGAUGAGCCCCCGCCAGAUCCAGGCCAUCCGGCCCUUGGAGUUUCGGCUGGCCGGAGCCCUAGACAUCUCCUCCUGCCCUCAGAGCCGCAAGAACGUGCUCUACGACAAGGCCCGAGAGGCCUUCGGCACCGCCAGAACUGUAGACGCCUACUACAGCUUCACGCCUCCCCCUACCUCGGCUAACGUCUCCGUGGACAUUGACACUUUCACCAGUCUGAACACCCGAGUGCUGCAGAGCCUGAGCGUGGGCAACGUGACGACGCUGCUGGGCCAGAACAUGGGGGACCUGCAGAAGGCUCACAGCCACCCCACCAUCAGCUCCUGGCUCUGCAGCCUCAAUCGGUCAGCCCUGGGCGAGCUGGGCCUGGACACGGACCCAACCGGCCCCACCGGCCUCACCCACGUGACAACUAGGACCCCCAACACCAUCCCCUGGAUGCCCCAUCUAGUCCCCACCUCAGACCGGCCUUGGAGCACUGACCCCAGCUCAGGGAUGGUGUGA